CCGACUCCAAUGGAUCCACCGCUACGACCCAGUCCAGCGCCUCGGCCAUUGUGGUCGAAGACGAGAUGAAGAUUCGGCCGUGGGCGCUCAUUGCAUCCCGAUGGCUCUCGUUCGACAGGGUGCUCGUCAGCCCUGCACACCAAGCGUUGAGCAGUGGCAGCGGCGGCCGUGUCCUGGUGGUCGACGGCCUUGGAACUGAUGAUUGGUCCUUCUACUGUGCGCUCUCGUACCCUUCGGCAAAGGUUUACAACCUCUCGCAAGCUUUUCCCUUCCCGCCUCCGACGGGAAGCGCGCCCCCGGUCUCGCCAUCGGUGCCUCGCCCGCCAAACCACCACCAAGUGCACUACCCGUCCUUCGCCACGCCGUUCCCGUUCCCCAAGGGCUUCUUCGACGUCAUCUGCUUCCGGUUCCUACCAUCGUCGUCGGACGCGCACUGGGCCUUCAUCCUGAGCCAAUGCAAGCGCGUGCUGCGACCGGGCGGGCAUCUCGAGGUGACGCUUCUCGACGCAGACCUGAUGAACGUUGGCCCGCGCACGCAGCGCGCAGUCGACCUGGUCAAGGCCAUCAUGCAGCGCGAGAGCGAGGCGGUCGGCUCCUCUGCCGCGCCGCGUCCAGCCUCUGAAAAGGUCCUGCGCAUCCUCGCCAAGAAGGGCUUCGAGGACGUCAACAAGUGCUUCGUAGGCCUGCCGGCCGUCGGGAAAGUUGGCUCCAGCGGCGCCGGCGGUGAACGCGGCACUACAGAGCGCGAACACAGUCCUGAAGAUCCCGACGACAUCAACGAGGUCGUCAGCAAGGUCGGCCGCUGGUGGUACUCGCGCUGCUACGAGGGCGUCAUCACAGCCCAGGGCGAACACAUGGAACGCAGCAUGUGGGCCGACCGCGCCCUGCUGCGCGAGUGCAGGAAGCGCCAUACGAACUUUCGCAUGCUCGUUUGCUGUGCGCGGAAGCCGGUUAGGGGGGAGGUUAGGGACAGGGAGUAGGCCCGUUUUGUUUUCACGUUUUUGUCGCGUUUGUCACGUUUUCAUCACGUUUUUGUCACCAUUUUCUUCGGGCCUUCGGCGCAUCUGAUGGGAUUUUUAUUUCAUGUUUGGCGUUUGCGAUUGCGUCUGUAUAUUUUGUUUUCUCUUUGUUUAUUUCUUGGGAAUACCUGCAUUACUACUUCCUUGUUCUACGUUUUCUUCUUUUUUCUUCUUCUUUUUGGCUUUCUUUCUAGGCUGGCAGGGACGGGGUGGGGAUUCGGGAUUCGGGGUUUGGGGGUGUUUUUCUUUCUGGGAAGAACUGUUUUUUGGGCGCGAGCCACCAACCUUUUUUUUUUUUGUUUGUUU